AUGGAAGAAUUUGCGCGGAAUGAUCUUCCAAAUAUAAUAAACAAAGAUGAGUUCAAAAAAUACUAUGAAAUUUUCUCCGACAAACCCGACAAAUUCAAAUUUGUUAUCGGACAUCGUCAAAUAAUUAAAAAUAUUUCUGAGUUUUUUCAGAAGGAAGUAAAUAAAAUGAAAUACGAUGGAGUUAGGAAAAAUACCACUAAAGAUUCUUCCUCAUCCACUAGUCAGCAGACGCGAAAAUCGUCUUGCGACGAAUCUUGUGACGAGCUAGCUGGUGAGCCCGUCAACCUACAGGAAGAAGGGCAAACAUUAUUCCGUACAAUGAAGAGCUGGGCCCAAUUAAAGGUCGACGCUGAUCAGUGGCUUUCUUUCGAGAAUAACUUCCAGAACGUUGGUAUGGACAUCAAACUGGUAAAAGGAUAUCCAAACAAUCAGCUAUAUUGUGUAAUCACAUGUUUCUGUGGAAGCAAGUAUAAACUUCCAAAGCUCUCCAACUUGCAAUUGGACCUGAAGUGUGUUAUGGAAGAUUUUCCAGAGUUCAAGACUCCAGAUAGUGAAGAUACAGACAAUUUUCAGAUGGAUCAGAAUCCUUUUGAAGAUAAGAAUAAGAACGAAGAGGGUCUAAUAGAAGAUGCUCGAGGAGUUGAAACGUUCACUCAUAAAGAGGAUGUAUUGGACCUGAAAGAUUACUCAGAUAGAAUAAAAAGUGUAGACGAAAAUUCCCCCUACGUUAAAGUUCAGCUUAAGGAUAAGUCUGCAAUUAUAAAAAAAUCCUCAUACUGCUGGCUUCUUAGUGAAUCAAACGGCCGAAUCAGUAAUGAUCGCCUCAAAAGAUUUAUUGUGGGAGCAACUGGCAAUACACUGAAAGUAUCAAAAUUGAAAAAAAGCAAUUCAAAAAUCAACCUGAAAAAACCUAAGCAAAACCGGACAAAAACAAAAGACAUUGAAAAAAUUACAUCUGAAACGGAUGUGGAAAUAGCUGAUGAUGCAUCAGAUCAAUCAGAAUCUCAUGAUGUGAAUGUGGAGGAAUCCUCGGAGGAUUCUAUGGAGAUUACAAUAGGAAAAUUCUAUGCCGUUGCUUACGAUAUACAAUGGUAUAUUGGAAAAGUUUCAGACAUUGUCAAUGGAAACAAAUUCAAAGUCAAAUUUCUAAAAUCCGAACCAAAAUCAGCAAAAAUCAGUUUAUCUGGCCUAAGCAAGAUGACACCGAUAUAG